UAGUUAUAAUUAUUAUUAGUAUUUUAUUUCCAAUGGAAUUUUAUUCGUUUAUUUUAAUAUCUAUUGGCAUUUUCAUUGUAAAACUGGAUGAAACAGUAAAAUGCAAUUGUACUCCUGUUAAUAAUUAUCGCGAAGAUUAUAGAAAUUACAUCAAAACAGUGAUUAGUCACAUUUUUUCACAUAUUGAAUCGAAAGAAAUACUAAAUCUAAAAUUGAAACAAGAUUCAAUUUGUACUAUUAGUGUAGAUGAAGUUUUCAAACCUAACACAAAGUACACUAAUUUUAAAACUAACUAUUUUUAUACAAUAAAUCUAAUAAAUUUCAAGUAUACUGAAAUACUAAAACACUUUCUCGAUUACAUAGAUAUUAUUCUCCAAUUAUGUAAUAAAUUUCAUAAAAGAAAUUUAGAAGAAAAUUUUAUUUGUUGUGUAACAUCACUCAUUGAUGAAGUGAAAAAUUCCAAGACUAUGUUUGAAAAUCUUCACAAUGCUAUGACUUUUUUUAGCUACAUUGAUGUAAGAUUUGUGUUUCAUGGAUCCAUUAUGCCAAAUGUUAUAAUUGAUGAAAUCGACUUUUUUCAAAAAUAUGUACUUCAAAAAAUAUCAGAGAACAGCCAUUUAGAUCUUAACAGACAUUUAGAUCUGAACUGCUUACCAAAUUUUCAAGACUCUGAAAUGAAUUUUAAGAAUUUAAAUGAAUUUCAUAUAGUUGCAUCAAAAAUAGUAAAUAAUCUCUAUCAAAAUAGUAAUAUUAUUAUUGACACUUCUAUAAAAACCAAUUCGACAACAAUUGGCAUGAAUGAAGAUGACUCUUAUUUAGUCUAUUUAACAUGCAGUAAACUUAAAUCGUUUUAUAAUAAAAACAUAGAAAUUUGGUAUAAAAAUCUUGGCUUUGAACAAUUUCUCAAUCCCAGAACAUCCAAACUCAUACCUCCAAUUGAACCAAAUAUUAAUAUAAAUAUGGCAAUUAAAGCUUUCAAUAUACUUCGACAGGAAUCUGGUUGGAAAACAAUGGAACAUAUAAAAAUAGUUUAUAAUGGAAAACAAUUUAGCGUUGAUUCAAUUAUGAAAGACCCAAUUAAUAUCAUGAAUUUUCAAAUAAAAAAAGAAAAUGUAAUACAAUUAUUAAGAUGUAGAUACACAGAAACAAUUAAAAAUUACCAUGUGAUAUUAUCUACAAUAAUGUUCUUGUGCAAUACAGAAGCAAAUCGAUUUAACUACAAUUGUUUGAUUAAAUUAUUUGACUCAUUCAAUAAAUCUAAAAUAAUGUUUGAAGGUCUGCAUACAGCUUUAAUUACUUUACAGAAAUCAUCACUUUGGAAUUUUAGUUUUUUGUCUCAUUCGAAUUUACAAAAAAUAUUUAAAUGGAUUAACGAUUUUCUUUCUUUAUUGAAUAACAAUGAAUUUUCUCAAGAUAAAUUUGUUGAUAAAAAUGGUAUUAAAAAAACCGAGAAAAUAGACAAAAAAUUGAUAUAUUUUUUAGGUUGUCUUAAAAAAUUUAAUAUUGAACUAAAUUCCGAUUUGAGAACCAUGAACUGCCGUUGUAAUAUGAAAGAACCGUAUUAUGAAAAGACCAAAUUAAUAACACAAUUUAUGCAUUUAGCAAGUACAAUGAGUACUACAUAUUAUGAACAGUUAACUCAAGUUUAUCAUAUUGCAUGUAAUUAUUUUGACGAGUUUUGUGAAAUUGUUUACAAAUCUUGUUAUGAAAAUUUAGGAUUCAGAAAAGUUAAUCGUCUCAACAAAACCUCUGAUGAAAUAAUAAUGGUGGAUUAGAUUGAUUAUUCUCCUACUUAGUCUUUACUACAUAAUAAAUGCUAAGUAUCAAGAAGUUGCAUUUAAUAAAUUAAUUAUUACUAAAAUUAGUUUACUGGAUCACUAGAUUACAAAUCAAAUUUAAUGUUUAAAAAUCAUUAAAAAAAAAAAACAUUUUUUUAACUUGUUGUAUUUGUUUAAGUGUUUACCUGUACACUUACUAUAACAUAAUUAUAAACAUAUUUCAAUAAAUUAUAAAAAAAUAAUGCUGUAUAAUCUAUAUCGUUAAGAACCUCCAUGUUUUUAGAUUUAAUACAAUUUUUUUGACAAUUUUUAUGAAGAUGUUUUCAAAUCUUGUUAUGACAAUUUAGUAUUCAGAAAAGUUGACCGUCUUAACAAAAGCUCUGAUUAAAUAUUAAUUGUGGUUUGUAUUGAUUAUUCACCUACUUAGUUUUCAUUAGAUAAUAAAUGCUAAGUAUCCGCCAGUUGAAAUUAAAAAAAUAAU